AUGGCAGUUAGAAGACACUUGCUCUCGCGUCAGAAUGCAGUUAGGCCGGUACUGCGCUCACUGUCUCCAUUAGGAGCGGCGAUUAAGCCGAGUGGAAAGGUGAAGGAAGGUGUCGGGGAGAGGAGGGCAGAGUGGCGCCGUGGGCGUGGCGAGGCGUGGCUACUCACUGUGGACGACGAGGCGCACGGAGGCGCUGAGGCCGUGGCCGAUGCCGUUGGUGGCCUCGCACAGGUACUGGCCCUGGUGCUCGGGCAGCGCGGGCCGCAGCAGCAGCGUGCCGUUCGGGAAGAGCUGCAGGCCGCGGAUGGCGCCGCGACCCCGCGCCGACAGGUCCUGGUACUGGCUGGGCUGGCGACCUGCGCGCGAGGGCACACGUUGGGCUACCUUCCAAGCCAUGCAUCAACGUACUCAAUGGAAUUUCGCACACCUGCCAAACACCGGGUUCGAGAAAUCCGCCGUCCAUUUCGGCUGACUUCAUGCACUGAAGACACUGACGUUGCUGCAGCGGAGCGCCUGGGUGAGCAGAUGCUUGAUUUAGAUUACACGUUGAGUUGUGGGUGCCAAAGCCGUGAAAAAGCAGUGAUUAAAUACUCUCCAGUGUUGAAUAGCCCGCCAAAGCAACCAGAUCGUUGGAAAGCAAGUGAAGGGGACAACACGUCCAGCAUCUAUUAUGAUUGA